AUGGAUUGCAUUCGUUUCUGGACUAUCAUUUUUGCUUGUGGAUUCAUCCUAUUUUUGUCCUUGUUCCUAAUACUCAAAUACUAGAUCGAAUUUUACAGGUAUCCUGUUAAGAAUCAAACCAAUUCGGAGACUACUGCCAUUGUAUCAGCUUGUGUGUAUUUGGCCCUGACUAUUGGGUUCAUAAUUUGGGGGAGAAGAAGGGCUGAGAAGCAUAAAUUGGAGAUCUUAUAGUAAUAUAGCAAUUUGCCAGCCAAUCAAUUUGAGGCAGCUCCUGAGAUCGAGAAUGAGAAGAAGAUGGAAUCAUGAGAAAAACUCAUGUAAUUAGGAAUUUACAAUAAUAAUCUAUAAUAUU